AUGUCGCGCCAGGCUCGUCGCUCUGGCCGCCUGGCGGUCACUUGGUGCCUCUCAGUGACGCCUCCCGCCGUGGCCGUGGCCGCAAUCAAUGGAGGAGCCAGAGGAGCCAGCCUGGGAGAAUCUGCGGGGGCGCCAUCUCCCAGUCACAGCGCCUCCAUCUGCACAGCUGCCACUACAGCUAUUGCUAGCCCUCUGGUUGGUCCGCCCGCCAUCAGCACCACAACCGCCACUACCAACUGUGGAGGUCCAAGCUCAUGCCCUCGUCCCUCGACGCUAUGCAUAUUACGAAUACCACCACACCUGUCUGGCCUCCUCGUCGACUCCCCGAUAUCAAAGGCCCCUGUCCGCUUCCCCGCGUCGCGUCGCUCUUUUUUUCCUUUUUUCCCUCCAUCACUUUCACGUCAAAACGUCCGCUCCUACCACGUAUACUGCUCCGAUUCUAACCUCCCGUCCGGCCUCUCCUCCGCCGUCCUCCAUCUUGCCCCGACUCUCACGCGCCGCCGUCUGCGCAAGCUCGUCGUCGCCAUGGGCCACAGUCACAGCCACGGUGGCCACUCCCACCAUAAUCACGACAAUUCGUAUCUCGUUUCCGCCAAGAAGAAUGACCCUGGCGUUCGCAUCACCCGAAUCGGCCUCCUGUCCAACCUACUUAUGGCCAUUGCCAAAUUCAUCGGUGGCUGGACCUUUAAUUCCAAAGCCAUGGUCGCCGACGCGUGGCACAGCAUCGCCGACAUGGCCUCGGAUAUCCUCACCCUCGCGACCGUCUCUUGGAGCAUAAAACCGCCCUCAGAUCGCUUUCCGCUGGGUUUCGGUAAAGUGGAGAGCCUUGGAUCGCUUGGCGUUUCUGGCAUGCUACUGGUUGGAGGUGUCUAUAUGGGAUGGGACAGCGCCAUUAGUCUUUUUGCCCACUUUGAUCCCGAAAGAGCCCAUGAUAUUCUCGAGCACGUCGGUCACGGUCAUGGACACAGUCACUCUCACAACCCAGCGGAUCUCGGAAUUCCCAGUGUGCACGCUGCGUGGCUGGCAGCCGGAACCAUUCUCAUCAAGGAGUGGCUCUACCGCGCAACUAUGAAAGUUGCCCGCGAACGCAAAUCUUCGGUCCUCGCUUCCAACGCGAUCCACCACCGCGUGGACAGCCUGACCGGUAUCGUCACCAUGGCCGCCAUUGUUGGCGCCAAUGCCAUUGACAACGCCGCUUGGCUGGAUCCCGUUGGUGGUCUGCUCAUCUCCAUCAUGGUUAUCCACGCCGGCUUCGACAACACAAAGUCGGCACUUUACGAGCUCAUCGAUCAGACCAUUGACGCCGACGUCAAGGGCGCCAUCCGCAAGCAGGCACAGAGCGCCCUCGUACACGUCAGCGACGGCCACGAGGCCGAGCUGCGCGACGUUAGCGGGGUCAAAUCGGGCCAAAACUACCUGGUCGACCUCGAGAUGGCGGUUCCCGCCGCCUGGAACAUGAGCGACCUUGCCGAUGUGGAGAAUGCUGUCCGCACCGAGGUGGGCGCUCGCGUCCGCGGCGUUCGCCGGGUGCGCAUCCGCUUCGUCUCCAAAGAUGCGUCGGUCAAUGAAAAGUUUGAUGACUUUGUGUACACCAAUCUAGAUGCGGAUCCAGAAGACCACAAGCACGAGAAUGGCGCUAACGAGGACCAUGACCACAAGCAUUAG